CAUGAAGACGUUCAUCUCGACAUAUUCAUCUGUUCUUCCCCUCCUAUUAUGCUCGAUUCAUUUUCCGUGAGCUACAAGCUCACCGCGAAGCGGGCCAGGAUAUUUCAAGUCUCUACUAUCAUUGCAACAAUCGCCAUUUUCGCCUAUAAUUUCAUCACGACAUGUUCCCCAAGCUUAUCUUUGACCUAUUCUCAAGACUGCAGCAAGACGUUGCUUCCGGCCGGUUCCACGUUCAACUACAAAUGGUUCAAGAUGACAAGCGGGGUCCAACUAGAUUAUGAUGGGUUUAUACCGCAGAACUGCAGCCUUAAAAACGUCGUCAUUCGACAGUGGUUCACAGCUAUGCCCAUCUACAUGGCCGACAUGGACAUAGACUGCGACCAGGGCGUCAGUUUGUCCGUAUUCGAUCUAACCACCAGCUUUCGGGAUCAACAUUUCGAGGAUUUUAAAGCAACCGCCGCUUUUUUCAGGAAUUAUCCGAAAGGCGUGGGUCCGUUUGAAGCUUUGGGAUUCAAGUACAACAUGCCUGCCUACCCCGUACAAGCGAUACUUCUCUUCAACGGUACUUCGAUUACAGAAUCUCUUGAUACUUCUGACAAGGAUCCCCAGCAAAAUCUAUAUUUCGAGACGAUGCGGCUUGCGUUGGAAGAGGUUCAGGACAACACUCUCCCUGGCGUGAGAUAUCAAUGUAGUCAAUGCAGCCGGAAUGCGGACUGGACUGGACAAAUGGGCUCCUUACUCUGGAAACUUUUUUAUAACACUGCCAACACUGUUGGUUCCGCCAUUGGUAUCAUCCUGUUUGCCAUAACCCUGGGAAUGAAGAACGAUCUUAUGGAGCUUUUGCGGCGCCAGCAAAUGUCCAAGGGAACAGACUAUCUCCAUGUAGCCUUGUUAUAAAAAAAGAUCUCCGUG